UUCACUGCAUUUGACGUUUGUUUUGUGUUUUAAUGUAGGUGAAAUUGUGAUGAAUUUCUUCAAAAUAUGUUGUUUUUAUGAAAUUAUUACUUGAGAAUUUAACGUAAUAAAUUUAGUUCUUCAUCAAAAUGGACGAGGUUGCCAAAUUAGAACAUCUGUCCCUUGUAUCCAAAAUAUGUACAGAAUUGGACAACCAUUUGGGCUUGAACGAUAAAGAUUUAUCUGAAUUUAUUAUUGAGUUAGCAGACAAAAAUCCAACAUUUGACAACUUUAAAAAGGCUCUCGUUGAAAAUGGAGCAGAGUUCUCAGACUCUUUCAUGACAAAUUUGCUUCGUAUCAUUCAGCAUAUGAAGCCUGUGAGUAAUGAAAUUGAGAACAAUACUAGUAAUAAAACAUCAAAUCCUCUAGCUGUAAAGUUUCCUGGUUUGGCCAUUCCAAAUGAUAAACCUGCCACAUUCUCCUCAGACAGUGAAAGUGAAGAGGAGGUCAAGGAUAAAAAAAACAAAAGAAUCACUUCAAAAGAAAUAUUUAAAGAUGAAUCAAAAUCCAAGGAAUCUAGUAGUGUGGUUGACAAUGUGAUGGCAGCCCUAGAGGCUUUAGCUCCUUCAAAAAGUGGAUUAGCAAAGGAUGAGCCAAAAGAAGAUGUAAAAAAAAGAGAGCACAGUCAAGAUCGUAAGGACAGCAAAAAAGAUGGUAUAGUGACUAAGAGAAGGAGAAGCAAAAGUAGAGAUAGGAGUCAAAGUAGAGAGAAAGGUAGGAGAAGUCGUAGUAGAGACAGAAAAAGGGAUAGAAGGAGUCUAAGUAGAGAUAGAAAAAAGGAAAGAAGAAGUCACAGUAGAGAUAAAGAUAGAGAUAGGAGUCGGAGUAGAGACAGAGACCGAAGAAGAUCUAGAAGUAAUCAUCGCCAUAGAUCUAGGUCGCGAGAUAGAUCUAGGAGGUCAAAGGAUAGAUAUAAGAGAUCACAGUCAAGAGACAGAGGUAAGAGGUCAAGGUCAAGGGACAGACAUAGAGGAGGCAGGCCAAAGCAUAGGAGGUCAAAAUCAAGGUCAUGUUCACGAAGUAGAGAGGAUAGGCACAGAUACAGAGAUAAUGACUAUGAGCGGAAACAGAGGAAAAAGAGUCCUGACAUUGAGGUCAGUGAUGACCCAGAACCUGGUAAGAUAUAUAGUGGGCGAGUGGCCAACAUAGUGCCUUUUGGCUGUUUUGUACAAAUGGAGGGACUGAGAAAGAGAUGGGAGGGCCUCGUCCACAUCUCACAGCUCCGCUCAGAGGGCCGAGUCACCAAUGUCACUGAUGUUGUCUCUAGAGGGGACAAGGUUAAGGUCAAAGUUCUGUCUGUGACUGGCCAAAAAGUGUCGCUGACAAUGAAAGAUGUUUGUCAAGAUACUGGAAAAGAUCUGAAUCCCACAUCUCAUGCACAUCUAGAGGCUGAACGCGAAGGCCGUAACCCGGACAGGCCCCCGCCGGCGGCGACGGUGCUGGCGGGGCUGCAGAGCGGGCUCGACCCCGACGAAGACUCCAGUCGCAAGAGGGUCACCAGGAUAUCCAGCCCGGAGAGAUGGGAGAUUAAACAAAUGAUAUCUUCAGGCGUAAUAGACAAGAGUGAACUGCCAGAUUUCGAUGAAGAAACCGGUCUGCUACCUAAGGACGAAGAUGGAGAAGCGGACAUUGAGAUUGAAUUGGUUGAAGAGGAACCACCGUUUCUGCAAGGCCAUGGCAGAGCUCUCCAUGAUCUCUCUCCAGUACGGAUUGUGAAGAACCCUGAUGGUUCGCUGGCACAAGCUGCUAUGAUGCAGUCUGCAUUGGCUAAAGAGAGAAGAGAACAGAAAAUGUUGCAAAGAGAACAAGAGAUGGAAAGUCUUCCGACGGGACUGAACAAGAAUUGGAUCGACCCCCUGCCUGAGGCUGAUGGCCGGACCCUAGCAGCCAACAUGCGGGGCACUGGCAUCGCCCCGCAGGAUCUACCAGAGUGGAAGAAACAUGUCAUCGGAGGCAAGAAAUCUUCAUUCGGGAAAAAGACUAAUUUGUCUCUGCUCGAGCAAAGACAAUCUUUGCCUAUUUACAAGCUGAGAGAUGAAUUGACAAAGGCCAUAUCUGACAACCAAAUCCUCAUAGUGAUCGGCGAGACCGGGUCCGGGAAGACCACGCAGAUAACGCAGUACGUGUGCGAGUGCGGGCUGGCGGCGCGCGGGCGCGUGGCGUGCACGCAGCCGCGGCGCGUGGCCGCCAUGUCGGUCGCCAAGCGCGUGGCCGAGGAGUUCGGCUGCCGGCUGGGCCAGGAGGUGGGCUACACCAUCCGGUUUGAGGACUGCACCGGGCCCGAUACCAUCAUAAAGUACAUGACAGACGGUAUGUUGCUGCGGGAAUGUCUGAUGGACCUCGACCUCAAGAGCUACUCCGUCAUAAUGUUGGACGAAGCCCACGAGCGCACCAUACACACCGACGUGCUGUUCGGUCUCCUGAAGCAAGCCGUCCAAAAAAGGCCAGAACUGAAACUUAUAGUCACAUCAGCUACUUUGGACGCUGUGAAGUUUUCCCAAUAUUUCUUCGAAGCACCCAUUUUCACAAUACCCGGUAGAACAUUUCCUGUGGAAGUAUUAUAUACAAAGGAACCAGAGACUGAUUACUUAGAUGCAUCAUUGAUUACUGUGAUGCAGAUCCACUUGAGGGAACCUCCUGGAGAUAUCCUCUUGUUUUUGACCGGUCAAGAGGAGAUUGACACUGCAUGCGAAAUACUUUACGAAAGAAUGAAGUCUCUAGGUCCCGAUGUCCCGGAGUUGAUAAUUUUACCAGUGUACUCAGCGCUGCCCUCUGAGAUGCAGACCAGGAUCUUUGAGCCGGCACCCCCUGGAUCCAGGAAGGUGGUGAUAGCUACCAACAUAGCGGAGACGUCGCUGACGAUCGAUGGGAUAUAUUACGUGGUGGAUCCAGGGUUUGUGAAGCAGAAGGUUUACAAUUCAAAGACUGGGAUGGACUCGUUGGUUGUCACACCGAUUUCGCAAGCGGCGGCGAAGCAGCGCGCCGGGCGCGCGGGGCGCACGGGCCCCGGCAAGACGUACCGCCUGUACACGGAGCGCGCCUACCGCGACGAGAUGCUGCCCACGCCCGUGCCCGAGAUACAGCGCACCAACCUCGCCACCACCGUGCUGCAGCUGAAGACCAUGGGCAUCAACGACCUGCUGCACUUCGACUUCAUGGACGCGCCGCCCGUCGAGUCGCUCAUCAUGGCGCUGGAGCAGCUGCACUCGCUCUCCGCGCUCGACUCCGAGGGGCUGCUCACCCGACUGGGGCGACGGAUGGCCGAAUUCCCACUGGAGCCGAAUCUUUCGAAAAUUCUCAUAAUGUCGGUAGCGCUGCAAUGCUCCGACGAGAUCCUCACCAUAGUGUCGAUGCUCAGCGUACAGAACGUGUUCUACCGGCCCAAGGACAAACAGGCGCUGGCUGAUCAGAAGAAGGCGAAGUUCAACCAGCCAGAAGGCGACCACCUGACCCUGCUGGCGGUGUACAACAGCUGGAAGAACAACAAGUUCUCGAACGCCUGGUGUUACGAGAACUUCGUGCAGAUCAGGACGUUGAAGAGGGCGCAGGAUGUGAGGAAACAGCUGCUCGGUAUUAUGGACAGGCAUAAGUUAGAUGUGGUGUCAGCGGGUAAGAACACUGUGCGCAUACAGAAGACGAUCUGCUCGGGCUUCUUCCGCAACGCCGCCAAGAAAGACCCUCAGGAGGGGUACCGCACCCUCGUCGACAGCCAGGUCGUGUACAUCCACCCCUCCAGCGCACUGUUCAACAGGCAACCCGAGUGGGUUAUCUACCACGAGUUGGUCCAAACCACGAAGGAAUACAUGCGCGAGGUGACUACAAUAGACCCCAAAUGGCUUGUGGAGUUCGCGCCAGCUUUCUUCAAGUUCUCCGAUCCCACCAAAUUGUCCAAAUUCAAGAAGAACCAGAGAUUGGAGCCUUUGUAUAAUAAAUAUGAAGAACCAAAUGCUUGGAGGAUAUCCAGAGUUCGGAGACGUAGAAAUUAAUAUCGCAUUUGAUUGGAUAAAUAAAUUAAGUAAUACGAAUAA